AUGAUUUUUUUUGUUAUUUUAGUUUCCCUGCUUCUACUAAUUUUGGUUUUAAUACUUUGGGCAAACUAUAACUAAUCCAAUAAUUUUAGUGCUCAGGAACAGAGUUAGAAAAUAGAAGAGCAAACAUGUUAAUUGAUAGAGAAAACUAAAUUAAAUCAUGAUACCUAUAAACUUAAAUUUGCUCUUCCGUCAAAAAUUAAUGAUUUAGGAAUCAAAGUAGGAUAGUAUAUUAGCUUACACCAUCCAAAUAAAUAUGAAUUGAAUAAUAUGUACUUUCCAAUCAACCCAAUUGAUCAGAAAGGCAAAUUCGAAUUAUUAGUUAAGAUCUAGAGUGAAUUGGAGAAAGAUAACCAAAAAGGAAGGGAAUUGGAGAAAGAUAACCAAAAAGUUAGUGAAUUUGAAAAAGAUAACUAAAAAGGAAGUAAAAUUGAGAAAGAUGAUCAAAAUGGAAGUGAAUUUGAAAAAGAUAACCAAAAUGGAAGUAAAAUUGAGAAAGAUGACCAAAAUGAAAGUAAAAUUAAAAAAGAUGAACAAAAUCGAAGUAGUUUCAAUUAUUGGAUUGAAAAAAUGAUUCCAGGAGAUUCUGCUUUAAUCAAAAGUCCUUUAGGUUCCUUUUUCUAUUUCGGCAGUGGAAACACUUUUAGAAUUUAAAAACCACAGAGAAUAACCGCAAAAUACAAAAGAAUAAUGAUGAUUGCUGGUGGAUCAGGAAUAGCCCCCAUGUACUAAAUUAUUCAAGCUGUGGCAAAUAAUAGUAGUGAUAAAACACAAUUGCAAUUGCUUUAUGCAAAUAAAACUUAAUAAGAUAUAUUAUUAUACAACGAAUUGAAGGCUUUUGAAGCUUCAAAAAAAAUAAAAUUGCACCUCACUUUGGACAAGCCUCUUGCUUCAUGGGUUCAAUUUUCUGGAUUUGUUUCAAGGUCUAUGAUUGAAAGGGCUUUUGGAACCAUCGAUAAGCAUACUUUGGUCUUGGUCUGUGGUCCUCCUAAGAUGAGAUAGUUAGUUGGAUAGAUUUUUCACGAGUUGAAUGUGGAUAGCAAUAACUUUUACAUGUUCACUUGA